GCCAGCACGCCCAGGAAAGCGCACCCAUCGCCACUCGAGAGCCCAGAAGCGAAAUCGAAAUCCCCAGAGACACUCUGUAGGCCCAGGAACAGGUGAAUCAGCAGAGAGACAGAGGCCGGCGGCGGAUUUCUCGUCAAUUGCCGAUUGCAGAUUGCCGAGCGAGGAAGGAGGUGCCAACGAAAGGAAGGAAAGAUUUGGGAUUUUGGUCGAAGCUUUGCACAGAGAGAGGACAAUGGCUAUCGCUGCAUGUGCCGCAGCAGCAGCUCAUGUCGGAGUGCGACCGGCCUCGUUUGAAGCGGUUGUUCCCCGUGGCAGCAGCAGCAGCAGCAGCCAUGGCGAGUGCAGGAGUGCGAGCUUCGGCGUCAGGAAACAAGCUUUCCCUUGCGCGUUUUCUCUGCAACAUCGCAGCACUGCUCGUGCUGCCCCGACUCGCAGGAGCUCCACGGUCGUGAGCGCUGUCGCUGCCGACAAGGCCGUCGAGACCGCAGAUCCCUCCACCGCCUCCGCCCCUCAGAAAACUCAGUACCACUUCCUCGUAGCAAGCGCUCAAUUCAUGCUCGAUGACGAGGAGCAUUUUCAAGAGUUGAUGAGGGAGCGGUUGAGAUACUUUGGUGAACAAAAGAGGGAACAGGAUUUCUGGCUCGUCGUCGAGCCCAGCUUCCUGGCCAAGUUCCCGGACAUGGAAAAGCGCGUGAGAAGGCCGGCCGUCGCUCUGGUUUCCACCGACGCCACCUGGAUCACGUUCAUGAAAUUGAGGCUGGACCGCGUGCUGAAGGGAGCAUUCGAGGCCAAGUCUGUGACCGACGCGCUAGCAGGAAACCCCAACGUGGACUUCAACUUCAAGAAGCCGGAGAAGUGGGUGGCGCCUUACGCCAAGUACGAGGGCGACUGGUGGACUCCUUUUCUGCCACCCAAAGCCGAGUAGAAGCAUGAACACACGAGGAAGCAACAUUGUAGUUCUGAAACACCGGCUGAAUAGAAAAUAGCUGGUUUUUGGCCGUGCUGAGAUCCGCCCCUCUUAGAUUGGGGCUCAAAUUUGCUGUGACUCUUACAUGUCUGGUAUCAUUAUUAAACCAGCGAGCGAGUGCUGCCCUAUAGUAGUCGGCCUAGAGGAUGUAGCCUCCGUGAAGGCCAAUGUGACGAUGAAAGCUCUUUACAUGAAUACUGAGUGCCACUUUGUAAAGAUUUGUGUAC